AUGGAACUUUGUCUUCGCAUGGUUAUGGACUUUGCCUCCGCUGAAGAUGGGACUUAUCGAUGUGUUUCUUAUCCCAAUGGAGGCAGCAUCGAGUUCGAACUGCGAGCGGAGAGGGCUCUCAUCGCCGCAGAAUUCCUCACCUAUAAGCGACAGUGCCUUAUGAACAUUAAGAUCUAA